AUGAGAAUAUGGCAGAUGGCUGGGGAAGACGCGGAGGAUGAGGUGAGCUUCAAAAGUUUUUGUAAAGAUACGUCCAUUAAAUGGCUUGUGCUCGCGGUUGGAACCAGCGAAAGAAAAAGGGAGGAAGGCGAGGGAAAAGUGGAAGAAUCGAGACGUACGACUGGCACUCUGCAGUGGCAAGGUGUGAUUAUGCUGAAAGCAAUUGAAAGCACUCGUUUGCCUUGCCCGCGAGACGAAAAAGCGCAAAAACAACAGGGUGGUAGCGUUCGCAGCAAGGGCAAGAAGCGGCACCAACACUAG